UCCGGUGGGAACCUUACCAAAGCCUGUGCUACAACCAGCACAUUCACCCGCUCCCCGAGAGCUCUGUAUGGCCUUACCUACAGGGACAGAGAAGAGACAACCAAGCUCGUGGCCCCUCUGGCACAUAUCUGAACGCUUCUCUGAAAACAGCCUCCACAGUCCAGAUGAGGAGUGGGACAUAUGUUAAUGAACUGGGCAGCCCAGGUGGAGAUUUCUCUCUGGCCAGAUUUGAAUUUCCCCCACAAGAUGUUUUUCUUGUGCCCUUGAAGGUCAGCAAUAUUAAAGGCAGAGCGCUGGCACCAGACUCUCCUCCAAACAUCUGCAUCCUCAGCCUGGCCAUGAUGAUAGCUGGCAUUCCCACAGUGCCUGUGCCAGGAGUCCAAGAGGAAGACGUGGUUAGAGCUGCACAGAACUUCAUGACAGAGAAUCCGGAGCAAGAGGCAGAGGGGAAGGGCUCUCUGAAAAUCAGAGAGGAUGCACACACCUGCAAGAAAGGUAGAUAGCAAAGGAGGCCAACAGACAGCAGCUUCCAGACCCCUCCUACAGAAUGAUUUGAGAAGUGGAAACAAGUAGUUCUAAGUUUACAGAAAGGUGUUUUAGGAAACACUACACUAUAUUUAGACUGAGGAAUUCGAUACUACCAGAUAACGUUACAAAACUCUAGGCCAGGAGGAAAUCCCCAACCAUGCAGUAGUCCUACCCCUGCCAAGGGCUAACCCUACCAAAACCAGAAGCGUUCCUGAAACACUGAUUGUGGAAAACACAGUCUGAUGUAGCAUGAAUGAACCACAAUGACCAAGUGAGGCCUUCUUAUGUCUUCAUCUGCUCCUUCCACCACCUGCUCCCCCAUCGUACCCUGCUGCUGCAGCAGGAUGCAGUCUGUCAUGUUCCUGCACACCAGCUUGCCUUUGCUGGAGUUGUUCUUGCUGGCAAAGAGGGACUGAAAGCUCACCCAGCCUGCAAGCAACUUCUAAGGGCUGGGUCUGAGACUUGUUUGCUCUUUCGGGUAUUUUUUCCUCUCCUUCCCACCUCCCAUCUCCCAAACUUUAAAGCAUUUAUUCUCCACUUCACUAUAGUUUUCUGUUUGUAUUGCUGUGACCCCCCUCCAGCAGUUCCCUCAUCCUGUUUCCACUGAGCAAACAAAGCUGUUGAUGGAGGGAGGGCGGGUUCCAUUUUCCGAGGAGGAAUUAAGAGCAGCUGCCCUAACCAGAUAAUCAACUUCUGUGCUCGCGACCCAUGGACGGCACUGCCAGCAGCUGAGAUUGUUAAGAAGCAGCAGAUCCUGAGGGUGGCAGUCAGGCUCACUCGAUUGACCACAGGGCAACGAAAUGAGAAAAGAAAACUGUGAGAAGCUGUUUAAAAACGCUGCCUGACCUUACUGACGAGCGAGCGAGAGGCCUUGCUGUCCUGCUGGCAGGGGAGGGGCAGCAACAGUUGGCUCAGAGACACACAGCCUCCAAAUGAUAAAAGGCUCAUUUAUCAGCUUUGUUGCACAACACAUAACAGCUGGAUGCUGGAAGGACCUGCAGGCACUGGCUGUGGAUCAAAUAAUUUUCUCCCAUGCUAUUAGACCAUGAACUCCUACUUCCCCCCAACCUCAGUUCCCUCUCAGCUAUGUUUCCUAUUCGCUAGGUCAGCAACGGGUUAGCCCAUUGCAGUCUCAUCAGGAAUCUGUAAUGCAGUUCCUUAGCUCCUCUAUGCAAAAGGCAACACUUGCUCAGCA